UUCUGUAAAAUCCGCACUUUACUGAAUUUGCGGAGUAAUGACCUUUCGCUAGAGCGAAAAAGUCGCGUGGCGAGAGAUAGUGAACAAAUGCUAGCAACGGUCUUUUUCACUAAUGAAUUGUCCUCUGGGCCUGUCAGUGAAUUGGCAAUGUCCCUGUGGAUGUUAACGCUGGUGAAAAGUUGCUAUCGUUAGCCACUUCGCCCUUUAGUGAAUCUGCCCCUAUGUAUCAGGCUGUAUGCAAUCAAUUGCAGUAUUGGCUAAAAAUAAUAAUAAGACCAACGAACUAGAGAAGUAGGACUUUUAAAAUUUAUUUUAAAGGCUUGCAUAAUAAUAAUUAAUUAUGAGCAAUGCUUUAAAGUAUGGUAAGGAAUUAGUUAUGUGUGGGUUGAAAUGAAACCCACGGUGACCUGUGGGUUAACCACCACUUGGGGGGGGGUUGGUUUGGAAUUUUAUGAACCAUUGCAGGUUAGAAUUGGAUGCAGGUCAGACUGGGGAAAUACACUGCUCCCAGAGAUUCCCUGUCUUGGAACCUGAGCGUGCAAAGAAGUAGCAUACAGAGUGAGAAGAUACGGGUAUGGAUUGGACAUGGGUCCUACAACGACAACAUUCCUGUAAGGAAGGUCCCAUGACUAAAGCAUUUCAGAAUUAUAUUGAUACAUGAUUAAUAUUUCAAAAAUAAACACUGUUUUUUUAUUUGAGCUUAUUAUUGUAUUUAAUGCCAUAACCAAUGUAACAGAUAUAUACAAAUGUGUUAUUCCUACAGCUCACAGAGCACUGGAGUUCUUCAACCAGAUAGAGGGAAAUGUUAAUUACAGAGAGUUAUUACAAAAACAUCCUGAGGCAUACCAAGCAGGUAGUGUGUACCCUGAUGCUUUUUACCAGGGAAUAUGUGAGCAAGGAAAAUGCCAUGAAGUAUCUGAAGAUUCACAUUGGACACCUUUUCUCAAGACUAGCAUUAAUUACAUCCGAGAAGUCUAUCCACAGCCAUGGGACAAGAGUGCACAGAGACUGGUGGCCUUCCUGUUUGGUAUUGCAUCCCACAUGGUAUCGGAUGUGAGCUGGCAUAGUUUGAAUAUCGACCAAGGAUUUCUUAAGGCCAUGGGGGAAGUUGAUUUCUAUGGCUCCUAUGCUGAAGCUCAUCAAACUGGAGAUUUUGGUGGUGAUGUACUCAGCCGUUAUGAACUUAACUUUGACUAUCUAGAAGCCAAAUGGUACAUUCCAGUGAAGGACCUCUUUAACAUCUACAACCUCUAUUAUGGCAAAACCAUCAUAGAAGAGAACACAAUUACUCACUGCACGUACAUACUCUUCCUGGAAAUGUAUGGGGAAUCCCUUGGUAUUGAUAAGCUUCACUCAACAUAUGCAAGCAAAUCUCCUUUCUUGGUGGAGAGAUUCCAGGAAUAUUUUCUUGGUGGCGUUGAUGACAUGGCUUAUUGGUCUACAAACAUAUUCCAUUUGAUCAGUUUCAUGUUAGAUAAUGGUACUAGUGACUGCUACUUACCUGAAAACCCUAUUUUCAUACAAUGUAAUACUGAGAGGAGGGAAAAGAACAUAAAAUUAAGAAAACAUUGGCAAAAAAAUGAAUUUGAUGGAGAUUUUACUCCCUCGGUCAUGAGAGCAGAUGGAGCUGAUAACAUCACUGUGGACUCAGGAGUUGUCUUUCAGAUGAAUUCUUGGGCAAAGGGCUCUGUGCUGUUUGUGAGCAAUGUUAUGGAUGCAAUGAAUAUGAAUUUUACUGUCCAGUAUCCAAACCAUAUUACCAGCCCUUCCACCUCCUACUUCGUCAGUUCACCUUAUGCAAGACUUGGAUGGGCUAUGGUCACAGCAGAUCUAAAUGGUGAUGGACAUGGGGAUUUGGUAGUUGGAGCUCCAGGAUACAGCACCUUGGGUCAUGUUCAAAUAGGUCGUGUCUUCAUUGUUUAUGGAUUAGCAAGUGGACUUCCACCUGCCAAAAUGGACCUAGACAAAGAUGCAGAUGUAGUGCUUGAAGGCUACGAGAACUCUGGCAGGUUUGGAUCUUCUUUGGCAGUACUGGAUUUUAACCUUGAUGGACACCUGGACGUGGCAGUGGGAGCUCCUUCUGUGGGGUCCCAAUAUCUCAGAUACACAGUAAGACUUAACUCUGAUAAUCCAUCAAGAGGAACCCAGAGUGUAGGAAAGGCAUAUGGUUUCUACCCCCCCCCCCCAAAAGAUGUGACUUUUGUUGUUCAUGGAGACACAGUAAGCAUAACAUUUUGCUUUUCAGGGGCCUUUUGUGGUAUUGAUAGGUCUGAGUGAUGGUGAACAUGAACUAACCACAUCAAAGAGCUGCUUACAUGUGGGGAAGGGUGAAAAACACUAUGGGGCCGAUUUACUAAAGGGCGAAGUGACAAACGCUGGCGACAAUUAGCCAGCGUUACUUCCC